AUGCCUCUCAAGAAGUCCGAGUUCGUGUCGUCCGUGUGGAACGACAAUCUAUUUCACGACAAAGUUGUCUUCUGCACGGGCGGCAAUGGUACAAUCUGCAGCGCUCAAGUGCGAGCCAUGGUUCACCUCGGUGCUAAUGCCUGUAUCGUUGGUCGCAACGAGAAGAAGACACAUGAAGUAGCAAAAGACCUUGCUGCUCAGCGGGCUGGCGCGAAGGUCAUUGGGGUUGGCAAUAUCGAUGUGCGAAGCGUUGAGUCACUGCAGUCUGCUGUCGACCAGUGCGUUCGUGAGCUCGGCGGCAUCGACUUCCUCAUUGCAGGAGCUGCAGGCAAUUUCCUCGCGCCAAUGGCCCAGCUAUCUCCCAACGCGUUUAAGACCGUAAUUGAUAUCGAUGUGCUCGGAUCAUACAACACCACAAAAGUCGUCCUACCACACCUGCUCAAGAGCGUUCAGAAAUACAACUCAGAAGGCGGUCUGCCAAAGUCAGAGGCCGCUGGGCCUGGUGGUCGCAUUAUCUAUGUGUCUGCUACCAUUCACUACACCGGAAUCCCCAUGCAGACGCACGUGGCGGCCGCCAAAGCGGCUAUUGAUGCUCUCUCACACAAUGUCGCUAUUGAAUAUGGUCCUCUGGGCAUCACAUCCAAUAUCAUCGCCCCUGGCCCGAUUGCCGGCACAGAAGGCAUGGAGCGUUUGGGCGGCAAGCUUCAGAAAGGCGAGAAGCCUGGGAAACGAAUCCCUCUCGGACGCUGGGGCAGUAUCAAGGAGAUUGCAGAUGCCACCAUCUACCUUUUUAGUGAUGCAGGCAAUUAUGUGACAGGUCAGGUUACCGUAGUGGAUGGUGGUUCCUGGCACACGCAAACUGGGCCUGGCGCAACAUUCCCCUACCCAGACUUCCUGCUCUCUGGCGACGAAGUGACAGGCGUGGCGGGCGGCAAGCGAAAGUCUGGGAGUGCUAAGCUUUGA